AUGGCUAACCAUCUGGCUAUCUACGUGCUGCGUCAAUGGAGACGUUCAAUUCGGAAAGGUUUUUUUCGGCCACCUGUUGGAUAUCUAGUGGCGCUGGUUUGUUCCAUGCCUGUCGACAUCUUUUACGAGCCAGGCCAAUCGGGCUUUCAAAGCACUUCUCACAAGUUCUCAGCCAUCCAAAUUCAAGCCUUGUAUGGGCCCUUCCGAAAUGCCCAACGAAGAUGUCUGGGUUGGAGUGGGCUGGAGGAAGGCUUGCUUGUCAGGAAUGCGGAAAGGGCGGUGCCCCUGCCAACAUACUGUUUCGGCGAUUUCAAUGCAUCGACUGUGCACACCAAGCGACACGUUAGUCAUGACGCGUCAUGA